AUGUUGAAAGAUUUCAUGAACCGGAGACUGAGAUCUGAGCUGUUUGAGGAGACGAUGGCAGAGGACGAGGGUCAAAUUCAGUCUCACCGAUCAGGUUAGUUAUGUUUUUAUUGUUACUAUCUAACAAAGUUCACGAUGAUACCAAUCAAAGUUAACACUGUUGUCUGUUCAAAUACUUUUAUAUUCCCGGGUAAAUUUAAGGGUUAUAACACAAAAAUAUCCGGAUAGUGUCCCGAUGAUUAUUAUCAAGAAAACACACAUGAGAGUUUGUUCAUCAUGUCCUGCUGUGACCUCGUCAACAUUUUGUCAAAGAAGUUUCACAACCAUGACACUUACUCUGGAAAAAAACAGGAAGUUUCUAUGGAACUGCUGAACAACAACAACAACUAAAAGAAAAGCGAAAACGCAGAAAAUAUUUAUUUGAUCUUUAUUUUCACUUCUAUUUUAUAUUAUUGCAGUUCAUAGAGGAGCGUUUUCUGAGUUUACAACUUCAUUUUCUAAAAAGUUUGAACAUUUUUUAAAAUAUUAGAAAUACAAAUUUUGUCGGAUUUCUAAUCAUUUAAAAGGAUAAUGUGCAAAGAUAACAUCACAUGUCAAAACAAAGGUUUUACUGUCACCAAUUUUUAAUCUGAAGCCAGUUGCAUGUUAAAAAAACCUUUGAACAAGGAUAACAAAAACUUGAGAAAUUUAUUUAUCACCAAAAAAUAUAAUUAAAUUAAAUUAAAUUAACCAGAUGAAUUCUAAGGGCUUUCUAAAGAGGCAGGUGGCCCAUGUAUUCAGUGUUCAGCUCUACAAAUUCAACAGAGCUGAACUAAUUAUUGAAUACGAGGCUUUUUUUUAAUGAUGUGAACAGAUGCCAUCUGCACUUUAAAAGGCUGGAUAAUAAUUGGUCCAACACUAACGAAGAUGGGGUUUGAUUUAAUAACUAUGUUAGACUCAUUUCAGACAUGUAGAUCACCAUUUAGUGUUUAGUUUUUAGUUUGAUGUUUUGUUUUUAAUUCAUUUUUACGCUUCUCUCUUUCACAUGUUGAAUCCCAAAGUAGAAAAAAGAAAAUCAUGAUUUAAAUGUUGACAUUAAAAUCUUGAUUUCUCAAACUUUUUUGUAUUCUGUGAUUAUCUGCAGAUAUUCAGCCACUGUGUGUAAACACUGGAGAGAUUCCCCCUGAGCUGCAAGAGGAGGACCCACCAAAACCUCUAAUCAUUAAAGAGGAACAGGAGGAACGGUGGAGCGGUCAGCAGGGAGAGCAGCUUCAAGGACUGGGUGAGGCUGAUAACACCACGUUAGUAUUCAUUCCUGUCCCUUUGAAGAGUGAAGAAGAAGACGACGAUGAUGAUGGAGGGAAGUCUGAGUUCUUGCAGCUCCAUGAAAAACAAACUGAAGAGAAUAGAGAUGCAGAGCGAUUGAAAACAGAACAGAACUUUAGUCCAGACAGUCAUUUAGUACCAGUUUCUGAUGAAGACGUUUCAUACUGUGAAUCGGAGACUGAUGACAGCUGUGACUGGGAGGAGACCAGUGAACCCCAAUCAGGUUUAAACUCUUUGCGAAAUCAAGAAGUGUUUGUAUGUGAAGGAGAACUCAAUACUGAGGAAAAACCUGUUAGCUCUCCUGAAUGUGCUCCAAACUUCGCCCAGAAGAAACACCAGCUGAAGCACAAAGGAAUCCAAACAGAGGAAAAACCAUUCGAUUGUUUAGUUUGUGGUAAAAGAUUUGGCAAUAAGAGUAAUUUAUCAGCUCACAUGAUGCGCCACACAAAAGAAAAAGGCUUUGACUGUUCAGUUUGUAAAAAGAGUUUCCCAAAGAGAGGAGAGCUUGUGCGGCACAUGCGAAUUCACACAGGAGAGAAACCCUUCAGUUGUUCUGUUUGCGGCAAAAGUUUCACACAGAAGCCAAAUUUAUACUCACACCAACAGGUUCACGCCACAGAGAAACCCUACUGCUGCUCUGUUUGUGGCAAAAGUUUCACCCAAAAGUCGAGUUUGAAUUCACACCAGCAAGUUCACACCGGAGAGAAACCCUACAGUUGUUCAGUUUGUGGGAAACGAUUUGCGCACGAUGUCUUGAGGAAACACAUGAGAACUCAUACAGGGGAGAAACCCUAUAGUUGUUCUGUUUGUGGGAAACAAUUCAUGCAAUAUGGAAACGUUAAACGCCACUUAAUAGUUCACACAGGAGAGAAACCAUUUAGUUGUAGUCUUUGUGAUAAAAAAUUCACUCAGCUUGGAAGUCUCAACAGACACAAAUGCAAAGGAGCUGCUCUGUCUUGA